UCCUACGGAGUUGCUGGAUGGCAUCUGGGCUUUUGAGGUGACACGUAACUAAAAUUAAAGGUUUUGUAGGCCUCGGAGGUAUUGUGAUUUUCACUUUUAGGCGACGGAACUAUAACAGCUUUUCACUUUAUUGGUUAUUUGGUUUUGUUUCGGAAAAGAGCACGUCAACAUUGUGUUUACAAUUCUACUGCUUACCGUAAGAAAACCGGAAAGCUUGCUGUGCGUGUAGUUUAAGGUAGUCAAGCAAAAUCCAAGGAGAGGCUAUACUUUGAAGAAGCAACAAACUAGGAUUAUUUCGUGUCUGGCAAUACACAUUCUUGUGGUCAAUAUGAAUGCAACAUCGUCAUUAAAUUUGCCCCACCUUUAAAUUAUUUCUGUUCUCUCUAUGUCUAAUAAUGCUUGGGGACUGAUGUGAUAAGGGGCUUGAGUGGUUGCCUAGUACUGUAGAGAAAGUUUAGCCGAAGUUUCCACUGAGGAUCGGGGAUUGGUUACGCAGUCAGCGGGAAGGGGAGCGGGUCCACCAUGGGAAACGGAGUUUGUUCUCGUAGGCAGCGAAGAAUCUUCCAGUCUCUCCUUCUGAUUACCGUUGUUUGCGGGAUAAUUUACGGAGGGAUGAUAUCAUAUGAGAUGCACAAACAGUUAAAGAGGACCGAGGCAAUGGCCAUCAAGUACCAGCAGCAUCAAGAGUCGCUCUCCGCGCAACUUCAAGUUGUGUACGAGCACCGCUCGCGGCUAGAGAAGUCUCUGCAGAAGGAACGUGUGGAGCACAAGAAGGCCAAAGAGGAUUAUCUGGUGUAUAAACUUGAAGCCCAACAGUCGCUGAACAAAGAGAAGCAAGACUCCAGCAGCAGAUUCAACUCCUUACAUGUGCAGCACCAGAUGCUAAAGAACCAGCAUGAGGACCUGAAGAAGCAGUACUAUGACCUGCAGGAAAAGCAUCAGAUCCAGGGAGAGGACCAUGGAAAGGCCUUGGACGAACACAAGGACCGCUUGGAAAAACUCCAGCAGAUCAAAGAGUUGGAGGUCUCGAAACUUAAAGAGAACAUGUAUAAUCUGCGAGAGGAGAAUAAGCAGUUGAGGAAAGCUCACCAGGACAUACAUGUUCAGCUUCAGGAUGCCAGAAUUCAGCAUAAGGAUUUAAAGUCUGCCCAUGAUCAGCUUGCACUGACGCUAGAGGACCAUAAGAGUGCGCUGGCCGCAGCUCAGGUCCAGGUUGAAGAAUAUAAACAACUCAAAGAGAAGCUGAUUAAAAUGCCCAGCCUUCAACAUGAUCCGAACACCGCCCGCCAAUCAGCCCAGUCUGCUGCUGUAAAAGUCAAUGCCCAUGAACAGGGACAGCCUCCUGCCAGGUUGGCUCAGCCCAACGGGGAAGCACAUGGCCAUGAGGAUGAGUCCAGGUUGGCUCUACAGGAGAGCGACGUGGCCAAACCAGAUCUCCAGUCUCAACCUGCCAUGUCCAACAAUGCAGAGCAGGAGAAAGAAGGAUACGGGGAGGUUGAGGGGGAGGCAGAGCGAAGGAGAGAGUUGGCGGAGGAAGAGAUGGAGCAGGCAGGACAGCCCCAGAAGCUGGAGGAGGAGUCAGACCAACCUCAGGAUGAGGAUGGGUUGGAAAGGGAGCACGACCAACCAGAUGACAACGCCCUGGACCGCCAGAAACGACAACCACAUACGGAUCCACAAAGUGACAUACACCUCAUCCCUGAGACCCACCUCCAGCAGGAGGCCCACGUGGCCAAGUCCCAGGUGGAGCGAGUGAAGUCCCCCUACGAGCAGCAGCAGGAGCAGCAGCGACUGGAGGCCGAGAGGACCCAGAGGAUGAGGGAACUCCAGCUCCACCAGGAGGCCCUGCAGGCCCAGAGAGCGAGGGAGCAGAGGGACAGGGAGCUGCUUAUGAGAGAGCAGCAGGAGAGAGAGGAGCAGCAGCACAGAGAGGCUGACCGUCGGGAACAGCUCCUGAAGGAGGAGCAGCUCAGGAAGAAGAGUCACUAUGAGAACAUGGAUGACAUAGUUCGGGGCGAUCAAGACCCUAAUGUCGAUGAUGAUGGGGAGACUGACCUCAACUUGCAGCAUGAUCAAAAUGAGAAGCCAGAUGACGUGGACCACCGAGUUCCAGAGGGGGCAGUAGAAGGGGAGUUGGACCCAGAGAAUGACCCCAAUAACCAGGGGGAGGAUGAGUUUGAUGUGGCCGAGGACCAGCAUCCUCAUCCCAGAGAGGAAGAGGAAGAGGAGGAGGAAGAGGAAAAAGCGCCAGUCAAACAUACAGACACACACCCUAACCACCCAGCUGUAGACGAGGAACUGGUGAUGGCUGUAAACCCAGACCAGCAGGAAGACAACCUGGAUGAGCAGUAUCAGGAGGAGGGAGAGGACGAGGUGCAGGAGGACUUGGGGCAAAUAAGAGCAGAGGAGGUUGAGGACCCUUAUAAUGAGGACAACGGCGAACAUGUGACUUUGUUUGUUGCUCUGCAGGAUGAAGUGAAAGUCCAGGAGGUCCCAGCAGGGAGAGUCGGAGAGCACAAGAAAGGAGAGAACCACGAAGAGGAUUAUGAAGAGGACGAAGAGGAGGUGGUGGUUGGACAGGACAAGCGUCCCAAUCGAAGGGAGAUGUGAGAUGGACACUAACCAAUGAAAGUGCCUUUCCCAUUACUGGGAGACAAUCGGAUCUCUGUUGUUCCCUUUUUGUACCUUAAAGUUAACUACCACUCAUUCAGCAUUCCAACUGGAGUUGUUUUGGAAUCUGCUCAGUGAUGGGGUUUAUUCCCAAUCUGUGCAGGAAUGGGACUGAUGAACGUCUACUGUGGAGAUGGACGCAAUCUAUAAUGUCAGUCUGUCAAUGUUUGUUCAACCUUCAAGUAAGACAGGCAUGAGAAUGUAUUGUUACUGUGUAAACUAUUCGAUGGAAAAUUUGCUUCUUUCAGUGUCAGCUUGUUUAUGAAUUUUUACUCCAAUUUUGUAUUUUUUAUCUUAGGAGGACAUGCUUUACAAUCAAUCUUCUAUUUAUUUAUUGUAGAUAAAUAUCAUUGUGGACCAUCUUCUUGGGUGGAGUUUUCAAAGCGCUAACUAUGCCUAUGUCAUCACUGGAGGAGUACUUCUGUAUCAUGGAUGCCAAUAGGAGGAGAAAAAAAUUGUCAUGUUAUUUAGCAUUUCUAGCCACAUACUGUAAAAUGCCACUGAAAAGCAAGUUACUUUUGUAGUGUUGUUUUAUUUGGUCAUUUAUUGGUUUAUACCCCUAAACAUUAACUAAACCGUCCACGCUGUCUUUAAACACUGCUUUACAAUGUAGAGGCAAAUUAAUUAUUUGUACAUAUUUUUCCACCUGCCUAAAAGUUUUAUUUGGGUGAAAAGGUCUAAUUAAAAAAUGUAUAAGGCAUGUCAUAUUGGAUGAUGUUUGAGGAAUAAAAAUGGUGAAGGAUUU